ACAGACACUACAGACGACUGACUCACAGGACAAUGACUCCAGUGUCUUUUCUUCUGCACCUCCUGUCAUGGCUGGCUGUUCAAGGACAUGUACAUGGUCAAAACAUUGCUAGACUUGGCAAAGUUACCCAGUCAUCACUGUAUGGAAACGCUGCACCUGAAAGGGCCAUUGAUGGAAAUACUGCUAGUAACUGGGCACAGGGAUCCUGUACCCACACACAGAACGAUCACCAACCAUGGUGGAGGCUGGAUCUUCAAAACACAUAUCAAAUCAACUCUGUCGUCAUCACCAACAGAAGAGAUUGUUGCUCUCAGAGGCUCAAUGGAGCUGAGAUACACAUUGGAAAUUCCUUGAGUGACAAUGGCAAUGCUAAUCCCAGAUGUACUGUUAUCUCCUCCAUCGCUGCUGGAACCUCCCAAAGCUUUGCAUGUAACGGUAUGGUUGGACGUUAUGUGAACAUUGUGAUUCCACGUAGAAGGGAAUACCUGACACUUUGUGAAGUAGAAGUCUAUGGUAUUGCUUUACCUACAACUGGACCUAUUGGUCAAAACAUUGCAAGAUUUGGAAAAGUUACCCAGUCAUCACUCUAUGGAAACGCUGCACCUGAAAGGGCCAUUGAUGGUAAUACUGCUAGUAACUGGCCACAGGGAUCCUGUACCCACACACAGAAAGAUCACCGACCAUGGUGGAGGCUGGAUCUUCAACAGACAUAUCAAAUCAACUCUGUCAUCAUCACCAACAGAAGAGACUGUUGCUCUCAGAGGCUCAAUGGAGCUGAGAUACACAUUGGAAAUUCCUUGAGUGACAAUGGCAAUGCUAAUCCCAGAUGUACUGUUAUCUCCUCCAUCGCUGCUGGAACCUCCCAAGGCUUUGCAUGUAACGGUAUGGUUGGACGUUAUGUGAACAUUGUGAUUCCACGUAGAAGGGAAUAUCUGACACUUUGUGAAGUAGAAGUCUAUGGUAUUGCUUUACCUACAACUGGACCUAUCGGUCAAAACAUUGCUAGAUCUGGCAAAGUUACCCAGUCAUCACUCUAUGGAAACGCUGCACCUGAAAGGGCCAUUGAUGGUAAUACUGCUAGUAACUGGCCACAGGGAUCCUGUACCCACACACAGAAAGAUCACCAACCAUGGUGGAGGCUGGAUCUUCAAAACACAUAUCAAAUCAACUCUGUCAUCAUCACCAACAGAAGAGACUGUUGCUCUCAAAGGCUCAAUGGAGCUGAGAUACACAUUGGAAAUUCCUUGAGUGACAAUGGCAAUGCUAAUCCCAGAUGUACUGUUAUCUCCUCCAUCGCUGCUGGAACCUCCCAAGGCUUUGCAUGUAAUGGUAUGGUUGGACGUUAUGUGAACAUUGUGAUUCCACGUAGAAAGGAAUAUCUGACACUUUGUGAAGUAGAAGUCUAUGGUAUUGCUUUACCUACAACUGGACCUAUUGGUCAAAACAUUGCUAGAUUUGGCAAAGUUACCCAGUCAUCACUCUAUGGAAACGCUGCACCUGAAAGGGCCAUUGAUGGUAAUACUGCUAGUAACUGGCCACAGGGAUCCUGUACCCACACACAGAAAGAUCACCAACCAUGGUGGAGGCUGGAUCUUCAAAACACAUAUCAAAUCAACUCUGUCAUCAUCACCAACAGAAGAGACUGUUGCUCUCAAAGACUCAAUGGAGCUGAGAUACACAUUGGAAAUUCCCUGAGUGACAAUGGCAAUGCUAAUCCCAGAUGUACUGUUAUCUCCUCCAUCGCUGCUGGAACCUCCCAAGGCUUUGCAUGUAAUGGUAUGGUUGGACGUUAUGUGAACAUUGCGAUUCCUCGUAGAAGGGAAUACCUGACACUUUGUGAAGUAGAAGUCUAUGGUAUUGCUUUACCUACAACUGGACCUAUUGGUCAAAACAUUGCUAGAUCUGGCAAAGUUACCCAGUCAUCACUCUAUGGAAACGCUGCACCUGAAAGGGCCAUUGAUGGUAAUACUGCUAGUAACUGGCCACAGGGAUCCUGUACCCACACACAGAAAGAUCACCAACCAUGGUGGAGGCUGGAUCUUCAAAACACAUAUCAAAUCAACUCUGUCGUCAUCACCAACAGAAGAGACUGUUGCUCUCAGAGGCUCAAUGGAGCUGAGAUACACAUUGGAAAUUCCUUGAGUGACAAUGGCAAUGCUAAUCCCAGAUGUACUGUUAUCUCCUCCAUCGCUGCUGGAACCUCCCAAGGCUUUGCAUGUAAUGGUAUGGUUGGACGUUAUGUGAACAUUGCGAUUCCUCGUAGAAGGGAAUACCUGACACUUUGUGAAGUAGAAGUCUAUGGUAUUGCUUUACCUACAACUGGACCUAUUGGUCAAAACAUUGCUAGAUCUGGCAAAGUUACCCAGUCAUCACUCUAUGGAAACGCUGCACCUGAAAGGGCCAUUGAUGGUAAUACUGCUAGUAACUGGCCACAGGGAUCCUGUACCCACACACAGAAAGAUCACCAACCAUGGUGGAGGCUGGAUCUUCAAAACACAUAUCAAAUCAACUCUGUCGUCAUCACCAACAGAAGAGACUGUUGCUCUCAGAGGCUCAAUGGAGCUGAGAUACACAUUGGAAAUUCCUUGAGUGACAAUGGCAAUGCUAAUCCCAGAUGUACUGUUAUCUCCUCCAUCGCUGCUGGAACCUCCCAAGGCUUUGCAUGUAAUGGUAUGGUUGGACGUUAUGUGAACAUUGCGAUUCCUCGUAGAAGGGAAUACCUGACACUUUGUGAAGUAGAAGUCUAUGGUAUUGCUUUACCUACAACUGGACCUAUUGGUCAAAACAUUGCUAGAUCUGGCAAAGUUACCCAGUCAUCACUCUAUGGAAACGCUGCACCUGAAAGGGCCAUUGAUGGUAAUACUGCUAGUAACUGGCCACAGGGAUCCUGUACCCACACACAGAAAGAUCACCAACCAUGGUGGAGGCUGGAUCUUCAAAACACAUAUCAAAUCAACUCUGUCAUCAUCACCAACAGAAGAGACUGUUGCUCUCAAAGGCUCAAUGGAGCUGAGAUACACAUUGGAAAUUCCUUGAGUGACAAUGGCAAUGCUAAUCCCAGAUGUACUGUUAUCUCCUCCAUCACUGCUGGAACCUCCCAAGGCUUUGCAUGUAACGGUAUGGUUGGACGUUAUGUGAACAUUGUGAUUCCACGUAGAAAGGAAUAUCUGACACUUUGUGAAGUAGAAGUCUAUGGUAUUGCUUUACCUACAACUGGACCUAUUGGUCAAAACAUUGCUAGAUUUGGCAAAGUUACCCAGUCAUCACUCUAUGGAAACGCUGCACCUGAAAGGGCCAUUGAUGGUAAUACUGCUAGUAACUGGCCACAGGGAUCCUGUACCCACACACAGAAAGAUCACCGACCAUGGUGGAGGCUGGAUCUUCAAAACACAUAUCAAAUCAACUCUGUCGUAAUCACCAACAGAAGAGAUUGUUGCUCUCAGAGGCUCAAUGGAGCUGAGAUACACAUUGGAAAUUCCUUGAGUGACAAUGGCAAUGCUAAUCCCAGAUGUGCUGUGAUCUCUUCCAUUACUGCUGGAACCUCCCAAGGCUUUGCAUGUAACGGUAUGGUUGGACGUUAUGUGAACAUUGUGAUUCCACGUAGAAAGGAAUACCUGACACUUUGUGAAGUAGAAGUCUAUGGUAUUGCCUUACCUACAACUGGACCUACAGGUCAAAAAAUUGCUAGACUUGGCAAAGUUACCCAGUCCUCACUAUAUGGAAACGCUGCACCUGAAAGGGCCAUUGAUGGUAAUACUGCUAGUAACUGGGCACAGGGAUCCUGUACCCACACACAGAAAGAUUACCAACCAUGGUGGAGGCUGGAUCUUCAAGAGACAUAUCAAAUCAACUCUGUCAUCAUCACCAACAGAAGAGAUUGUUGCUCUCAGAGGCUCAAUGGAGCUGAGAUACACAUUGGAAAUUCCUUGAGUGACGAUGGCAAUGCUAAUCCCAGAUGUGCUGUGAUCUCAUCUAUCGCAGCAGGUGCUUCCGAAACGUUUGAAUGCAACGGGAUGGUAGGCCGUUACAUCACUAUUGUGAUUCCUGGAAGACACGAAUACCUUACACUUUGUGAGGUGGAAGUGUUUGGACAAGAAUAUGAUGCUUCUGAAGAUGCGUGUGGCUAACAUGCUCAACAUAAUUAACUAAGUUUCCAUAUAAGGAGCAAAAAAUGUUUAUUCAAAUAUCUUAAAUUCAUUCAGUAGCUAAGGUUUGGUUUAAUCAAGGCUUCUUGUGCAGUUUUAAAGCUUCUUCUUUUUUUUCUUUCUCUUUUUCUUCUUAAUUAGCUGCUUAGUAUUAUUUUUCCUGAAUAUAUAACUCUGAUUGUUAUUGAUUAAAAGCCUGCCUCUCAUAAAGCAA